AUGUCAUCAAGCCAUCACACAGCAUCAAGCCAUCCGGUUUUGCCUCUGCUUCAACCUGCCUCCUCGGUUCCCCUUGCUGGAGGACCCACAGGUGCUUAUGUGGAAGUGACAGGUAGGACUGCCACGUGGCAUGGGCCAGCUCAGGACAUUGCAGCAGCCAAUCACAGCCCGGAAAGCAGCAGUGCUGCUGGUGCUGCCGCCCGGACUGAUGGGUUCGUUGACGGUGGGCCGAUUUGUUUGUUUGUGACGUAUGCUGUGAGCGCGUGGGUGCGUUUGGGGAGGGACAGAUCACAAAAACAGCCAGGAAAAGCUCUCUCCCUUUUUGCUAGAAAAGGGAAAAGCGGGGAGGAAGGAGGGGCAGAGGGAACAGAGGCAGGGAAGGCAGGAGAGGCAGAAGGAGGGGGGGAAACGGUGGGAUCACACGCAGUGAACAUAGCAUUGGGGGUGGAUGGGGGUUGGGUAAAUGCUGGAUCCGUGGAAGCUUCCGGGAAGGAGUGGGUGCGGUGCUGGGGGUCGUUUCGCCUGGAGAAGCCGUACAGGCGAGCAGUGCUGUAUGUGCAGGGCCCGCCGCCAGGUGUCAGCAUCCUAUUGGCUGAUGUGCGCGUGGUGCCUGUGGACUGGCGGGAGAGGGUGCCGUGGCUGCGAGAACAAGCAGACAGGCUGCGCAAGGGAUCACUCCGACUCCGCCUCCUCUCUGCCGUCGGCCAGCCAAUCCCGACCGCACACGUGUCAGCCAAUCAGACGCGACGUGCCUUUCCCCUUGGCACAUGCGUGAACGCUAGAGACCUGCUCGGGAACAGAAAGUAUCAGUCCUUCUUCCUGCCUCCCGCCCAGGGAGGGAAAGUGGGGAAAGAAGUGGGAAAGGGCCUACAGAUUUCUUCUGAGGGGAAGGGAAGGGGGUUGAGUGGGGUGAGCAGGAGUGGGGCGUGGUUCAGCUGGGGCGUGUGUGAGAACGAGCUCAAGUGGAUGAGCGUGGAGGCGAGGCAGGGGGAGGAGGACUGGAGGGACGCUGAUGCCAUGGUGGCGUGGAUGCAGGUGGGUGUGCGUGAUAAAUGGAUGCAUGUGGGUCUGUUGCGAGAAAGCAACCAGAAGGUGCAUGCACUGGUGCAUGGGUGGGUCUGUUGCGAGAAAGCAAUUAGAAGGUGCAUGGGUUUCAUGCGGUGCCCUCGGGACUGGAGAGACGCUGAUGCCAUGGUGGCGUGGAUGCAGGUGUGUGUGGUGAUGGAUGGGCGUGAGAGUGGUGAUGGGGAUGGGGAUGGGGAUGGGGAUGGGGAUGGGGACGCGGAUGGGGAUGGGGAUGGGGACGCGGAUGGGGAUGGGGAUGGGGACGCGGAUGGGGAUGGGGAUGGGGACGCGGAUGGGGAUGGGGAUGGGGACGCGGAUGGGGAUGGGGAUGGGGACGCGGAUGGGGAUGGGGAUGGGGACGCGGAUGGGGAUGGGGAUGGGGACGCGGAUGGGGAUGGGGAUGGGGACGCGGAUGGGGAUGGGGAUGGGGACGCGGAUGGGGAUGGGGAUGGGGACGCGGAUGGGGAUGGGGAUGGGGACGCGGAUGGGGAUGGGGAUGGGGACGCGGAUGGGGAUGGGGAUGGGGACGCGGAUGGGGAUGGGGAUGGGGACGCGGAUGGGGAUGGGGAUGGGGACGCGGAUGGGGAUGGGGAUGGGGACGCGGAUGGGGAUGGGGAUGGGGACGCGGAUGGGGAUGGGGAUGGGGACGCGGAUGGGGAUGGGGAUGGGGACGCGGAUGGGGAUGGGGAUGGGGACGCGGAUGGGGAUGGGGAUGGGGACGCGGAUGGGGAUGGGGAUGGGGACGCGGAUGGGGAUGGGGAUGGGGACGCGGAUGGGGAUGGGGAUGGGGACGCGGAUGGGGAUGGGGAUGGGGAUGGGGAUGGGGAGGGGGAUGGGGAUGGGGAUGGGGACGCGGAUGGGGAUGGGGAUGGGGACGCGGAUGGGGAUGGGGAUGGGGAUGGGGAUGGGGAUGGGGAUGGGGAUGGGGAUGGGGAGGGGGAUGGGGAUGGGGAUGGGGACGCGGAUGGGGAUGGGGAUGGGGACGCGGAUGGGGAUGGGGAUGGGGAUGCGGAUGGGGAUGGGGAUGGGGAUGCGGAUGGGGAUGGGGAGGGGGAUGGGGAUGGGGAGGGGGAUGGGGAUGGGGAGGGGGAUAAGGAUUGGGGUAAGGAUUGGGUUAGGGAUGGGGAUGGGAACGGGGCUGCAGGGACGAGGAAAGAGCAUGGAGUGGCAAUGAGAGCACACUGUCUCUUUUGGGACAACAUGCGCCCGCCCUGGGUGGACGCACUCCCGCUCAAUGACCUCAAAGUUGCACGUGAGCAAAGCAUUGAGAGCGCACUGCCUCUUCUGGGACAACAUGCACCCGCCUUGGGUGGACGGACUCCCGCUCACGAUGAGAGCAUGGCUGCACUGUGGCUGGAAGGAGGGCUCACAAUGAGAGCAGUUGCACGUGAGCAAAGCAUUGAGAGCGCACUGCCUCUUCUGGGACAACAUGCACCCGCCUUGGGUGGACGGACUCCCGCUCACGAUGAGAGCAUGGCUGCACUGUGGCUGGAAGGAGGGCUCACAAUGAGAGCAGUUGCACGUGAGCAAAGCAAUGAGAGCGCACUGUCUCGUGUGGGACAACGUGCGCCCGCCCUGGGUGGACGCACUCCCGCUCACGGACCUCAAAGGUAUGACACAUGUAUUGCCCUGUCGUUCCAAGCAUGA